UUUUCCCUUAACAAAGAUGGUGGCUGUAUUUCCUGUUCUGCAAUGUGCUGACGGCCGCCUUAGGCUGCAUCCCUCCCUCCUCGCUCUCAGCCCAUGCAACAGUAGCUUUUCUGCAGGGCUACAGCUUUCUGUGCUGGCGUUUGGGGAAUUGACUGUUACUGACUCAGAGUUAACAGUGUCUGGAUGGAUGAUCCCGGGUUCAGAUCACAAAUUGGACAUUCCUAAGCGAUCUGGGACAAGUCAGCCAAGCUCUGGGUCUGUUUCCUCGUCUGUUAAAUGAGGGGCUGGUUUUGGAGGACCCCCGAAGUCUUUUUCAGCUUUAAAUCGUGACUGUAGGAACCCAAGGUGCUGUUAGUAUCCCCAUCUUACAGAUAACUAAGACAGAUAAGAGGGGAGGGCUAUGGAAGGCCAGAAAGCCACAUCAGGUCAUUGCUCACAAGAGAGCAGCAACUUGCUGGACCUAUCCCCAACCUAUGACAUAGCACAGCAGCUACAGCAGAAGCCCAGGCAUGAGGCCAGUAGCGAGACUUCUAGUUCUGUGGACAUUCUUGCUUCAUUUUCACCAGAUUCAGAAGCCAGCAACUUAAAUUCAGGACAGAAUGCUCGUGGGACCAGUGAGGACUUUUGGCUUAACCACUCUAUGGAAAACCAACCAGAGACCAUGGAAGAUGAUGAACUUAGGAAAUCUCUGGAUCAUUUCUAUGAAGUAUAUGGUCAGACACUACCCCCUCCAGGGGAUGCACUUUCAGUGGCAGCAUCUCAUCGCCUUUCUCAGAAAAUCACAGAACUGACCAGCCAAGAGAGUCAAAAGUAUGCACUCCGUAGUUUUCAGAUGGCCCAAGUGAUUUUAAACAGAGAUGGAUAUUCAGUCAUACAAAAUCAUUCAAAAGAUGUUCACUUCUAUCCACUGGAAGAAGGAAAUGCAUCUCUGGAUGAAGAAAAGCCAACACCAGGACUUUCAAAAGAUGUAAUUAGUUUUCUCUUAAAGAAUAAUAAAAUGAAACAAACAUAAUUCAUGUAACUAAAGGAGCUGGACUGGACAUAUAGCUUGGUGUUGAAAGCUGAUAAUUUAAGUGUCCGUACAUAAGAUGGGAAAUGAUAUUUAUAUGGAAAUUAAUCUAUCCAUAAUUGAGUGUGAUAUGUCAUCUAAUGAAAUAAAACUGAGGUCAUGUGAUCAAGAAUGUAUGAACUAAAAUAAUACAAAUAAAGAACUAGAGUAAGUUUCCAGCAUAUUUCAGUUAUGUGUACUUCUCUCAAGAGUCAGAGGUAGAAAGAACAUGAGCGAUUUUUUUUUCUUUUUGGUUUUUGUUUUGUUUUUGUUUUUGCAGGGCAAUGAGGGUUAAGUGACUUGCCCAGGGUCUCACAGCUAGUUAAGUGUCAAAUGUCUGAGGCUGGAUUUGAACUUAGGUCUUCCUGACUCCAAGGCCAGUGCUUCAUCCACUGCACCACCUAGCUGCCCCCAAACAUGAGUGAUUUUAUAGGUUAACAAUUAAAAUUUUGUCCUCUGUCAUAUUGCAAAUGGAAAGGGAGAGUACAAAGUAAUCUCCUGUUACCAUCAUAUAUAUGUAUAUAUGUACAUAUACAUGUAAUCAGGCUUCUGUCUUAUCAGCCUAUCAAUUUCUAAUUGAAAGGGAAGAGAAAUUUAUUAACUUGCAGAAAUGGUAGCAGCCUCUCUUUUAUUUUUGUUUUUACUUGUUUAUUGCCAGAUGCUAAAUCUCAGACCAAAACCCUCAGUCAUUCUGUGAACAAUUAGAGAAUUACCCAACAAUCUCCUUGGGUCUCCUGAGGCUAGCUAGUUUAUCUUCUCUCAAGCUGGCAUAAGGUUUGUAUAUACAAAUGGCUGCCCAGUGGGAUGUUCCUGUAACCUUUUCAGAGACCAGGUGCUCUGUGUCCGCGGUGCCCCUCUCCAGCAGGGUUGAGGAGUACAUCUCCUCAGUGCCUUUUGAAACAGAUGAUCCCAGUCUGUGCUUGGCAAGUGCUUCAGGGUGUGUGUAUCAUGGGCUUUAAGAAAUGAAACACCAUCUCAGUAAGCCUUGAUGUCUUUACAGAACACACCAUACAGGUAUUUAAAAACUUAUUUAUUACUACCUAACCUUAUACUUCUUACACUCAGAAGAAAUUAUGUUGACAGAAAGUGUUACAUCACUUAAUGGUGAGCAGAAAUUAUGAUAGUCCUGUGUAGUUAGGAAGCAAGAGUAUGAAUUUUAGAAGAUCUUGGUCAACAUUAAUUGGCCUAGUACCAUUUUUAUUCAUCCAAGAGCUCUGCAAAAGACUUAUUAUGUAAAUAUCCAAGGAUAAUAUAAGUAUAGUUUUAAAAGAAGACAGAGAAUUGAUCUCAGAAUCAAAAAAUAUCAGAGCAGAAGGAAAUCAAAGAAGACAUUGAUUCCAACUCUUGUGCCAGAAAGAGUCCCCACUACAACUCACCUAUAUUUCAGCCUUUGCUUGAAAACCUCCAAUGAAAGGGAACCCACCAAUGCUGUCUGUUCCGCUUUGGGGAUAGCUCCGUUUGUUAGGAAGUUUAUUCCUGCCAUCAAUCUGUUUCCCUUUUUGUAACUGAAACUUCCACCCUUUGCUCACAGUUCUUACCUCUCGGGACAUAAACCAACACAAAUCUAAUUCUUUUACCACAUGAAAGCCCUUCACAGAUUUGAAAACAACUAUCUUGUCCUCCCAAAUCUUCUCUUCUCCUGGCAAAACACCACCAGUCCCUUCAGCUAAUUUUCAUAUUAGAAAGACCUAAGUCUCUUUACCAUCUUCUCAAUAUUGUCCAACUUAUCAAUGCCAUUUUCCAAGCAAUGGCACCCAGAAUUGAUAACAUUUCAAAUAUAGUGUGAUCAGAGGAGAGUACAGCAGAACUAGAGCCUUAAUCCUGGGAAUAAUGCUCAUUCUUAAUGCAACCAAAGAUCAUAUUAUCUUUUGAGGGGGGCUGCCAUAUGAUGGUUAGCAUUUAUGUGAUGUUUCAUGCUUUGCAAAAUGCUUAACACAUAUCUCGAUUUGAGUCUCCCAACAACCUUAAGAUGUUCUAUUCAUUUUACAAAAGGGGAAAUUGAUGUUAAGAGAAGUGAAGUGUCUGAGGCAGGAUUCAAACUGAGGUCUCCCUGACCCCAGAUAUAGCACCUCAUCUGUUGUAUCACUUAGCUGCUAUUGAUUCAUAUUGAGCUUGUAAUCUACCAAAUAAACUUCUGUGAAAGACAAUGUGACUCUGGGAAACCAUUUUUAUAGCCAGUGUUUCUGAUAAAGGCCUAAUAUCUAAAAUAUAUAGAGAACUGAAUCAA